CUCCCUCGUACACACUCUGCCUGGGCACAGUGUGAGAACAGCUCCCACAGAGAGACAAAAAUACCUUUUGGAGGUCGGCAUGAUGGCCCAGUCAGCAGACAAGGCUCUGGUCCUGGGUGUGUUGGCUGGAGCGGCUGGCCUCAGUUUGGGCGCCGUGGUGUUAUACAACAGCCGGAGGGCCAUGCCACAGAGUGGACACAGUGAGCAGUACCUCAGCAGUAAUGACCAGCGGGCGGCCGGAGCCAGUAUGGUGGUGGGUGGAAUGCUGGGUCAGGCUGAGGUUCUAGAUCGUCUUGGAGCCCUGAUCCAGUGUGUGUCAGAACUGAAAGAUGAGGUGCGGGCGCUAAAGAGUGCCAUCCCAAAGCUGCAGGACCACGUGAGAGAUGAGCUGAGAGGACGCAGCGGUGGGGCUCAGGGGGGCGUGGCUCGCAUCAGGGCAGGCCCGCCAAACCGAACUACACCCACACGCAGGAGGAGAGUAGCAGGGGGAGUAGCCAGAGCUGAAGGCCAAAGCUCAGAGGAGGGUGCUGAGAGCGAAGGAGGGUACAUUACGGCUCUGACAGACUCUGAGGAAGAAGAGAAGAGUGAGGUUGAUGAGAGUCAGGAGGAAGUGACAGUGAUCGAGCCUCUGGACGAGUUCUCAGCCCUCCUGGAGAGGGUGGACGCUCUACACAACGGCACGGAUGGAGACAAGAGGGAGUGCCUUCGCACCAUGCUGGAUAAGAGAACAGAGUUUGGACAGAACACUACGUUCUUAUGGCGACUAGUUCGGGCCUACGUGGAUGUCCACGACAUCACUACCAACCUAGAGCAGAAGAAGACCCAUGCAGAGACUGGGAAGAAAGUUGGAGAGGAAGCCGUGAAGCUGAACCCUAUGUGUGCUGAAAGUCAUCAGUGGUACGCCAUAAUGUGUGGAAUCAUGACAGAGUAUGAGACUGUGCAGAACAGGAUAAAGAAUGGCUACGUCUUCAAAGAUCAUCUGGAUAAGGCCAUCGAGCUGAAACCACAGGAUCCUAUGUCUUACUACCUGCUGGGCCGCUGGUGCUAUGCUGUGGCUCAACUGUCCUGGAUUGAGAGGAAAAUUGCUGCUACAUUGUUUGGCGAGCCUCCAAGUGCCACGGUCCAAGAUGCGCUGAAGAACUUCCUCAAGGUGGAGGAGAUCCGUCCCAAGUACUCCAAAUUAAACUAUGUGUUUUUAGCCAAGUGUUACAGAGACCUGGGGCAGAAAGGUCAGGCCAGGAAGAUGGGGGAUGCUGCUGCCUCAAUGGAAACCGUUUCCAAAGAGGAUGAGGAGGCACAGAAGGAGCUUGACUACCUUCUCCCUGCGCUAGGUGUUUAUUGAGGACGUUUUGAAAUGGCUACGUCCUCUUGCUAGGGAAAAACCCAGGAUCCUCCUCACUGGAAGCCACACUAUGAAGGGAAUCCAAAUCCAUGUCUUCCUUGAUUACUGUUGGGACAGUACCUUCAAUGGGGGCAUCGACAUUCUGAAAUACCUGACUCUUGCUAAUACUCUCUGGGAUUGGAGAUGACUGGAUCAGCUGUGCAUACUAGGGAACAGUGUUCUGGAGAACAUACUUAUCACAGACACAUCUUGAUGUCUUAUGAAAGCAGAUAUCAAAAUCCUUUGAUAUCUGUUUGCUAAAGAGAUUGUGGUAAAAGGGACAGUUUGACCUAUCAGCAAGCAGUUACACACCCAGAAUCCAAUUUCAUUGGUUGUUCCUAUCUUUGAUGCAAGUGAAUCAAUGGUGUUGGUCCCAAUGGGAUAUAUAUUAUCUACCACCUCACCUUGAAGCAAUCUGCAGUCAAGUGUGGAGGACCAGGCAAUACUGUAGCGAGAAAAUACAGUCUAUGAAGAUUUGAAUAAUUAUACUCACCCUGAUGUUGGUUUCAAAAAUGAGAAUGCUCCCCUGUAAACUGCAUACAUAUCAAUAAUUAUUCUUGAUUU